AUGGCUGAUCCAGAGGGUAAUGGAAACCCUUUAGGUAAUGGACAGGGUCGAGUAAGGCAAACUCGACCCAUUGGACUUGGAGAUGCCCCAAAUCGCCACCAGCAAAGACAAGGGAUUGUUCCUCCUCCUGUCCAGAACCACAACUUUGAGAUCAAGCUGGGAAUGAUCAAUCUUGUGCAGAACAAUAUGUUCCAUUGGCUCUCAAGUGAAGACCCAAUAGAUCACCUUGAUGAGUUUGAUAGCUAUCAAUCCAAGGCAAGAUCUCAGAAACAGGGGGUUAGCCAGUCAGAGUCAAGCCUUGGAGGCAGUAGGAUCAUUGCUCAAACUAAUCCAUCAACGCCUAUGACUCCAUUUCGAGAGCAAGGUUUAUUGGAGCUCUUAGUGGACCUUUUCAAGCGAUUUCCCUCACUAAGAGCUCCAAUAAACCUUGCUCUCGAAAUGGAGAUCAUAGGCGUUAGAUGGAUUAGUUUGAGCAAUGAUCCUACUGCCUCCAAGGCUUGA